AGAUUAAAAAAUAUCUAACAGACAUAUAAUUGACGUGACAAUUUGAUUAGUCGAUUAAACCUUGCGUAAAUUGUAGAGGAUCCGUCCAAUGUGAACGAUGGAAAGUGGACAUUAGAGUCAGCUUCAGAAGCAAUAACAAUUCAACACAUGGACGUAAGAUUUCAAUACCAAAAACAUCAACAUUUAAUUAGUCAACUCUGAUAUGGAUAGAGUCAAGCAAUCAAAUUUAUUUUUUUCGUUUGUUGGUACUGCUAACGUUUUAGGCGGGAAGAAAAAGAAGGAGACAAUAGUAUUGUCGGGUCCUAUUGAUUUAUCAUACAGAAAAUCACAUGAACUGAAAUAAACAAUUGCCUUAUUUAUCAUACACAAUACCGAAGAUAGUUUGUAUUCAAUUCCUUUAUUUCUUUUGUGGGAAGAAUUGAUUGAUUGUUAAUUUACCGUGGGUUUACCGGGAUAUCUCCAUGAUCUCUAGCAUCCUUCUCUUCGGAGAAGGAACUGUAUUACCUUCAAUCUCAUUUAUCAGAAAUGUUUCCCCUCCAAACUUUAAAUGGAAGUGUAAGUCUAUAUCUAUAACUGGUUUUCUAUUUUGUGAGAUAUAGCGGAUUUAGUUUUGACAAUAUUCCAAAAUGUGGAUUGGGUGUUAACGUUACGUACAUUUCAAAGUGACUAUGUACAUCAAACAUUCAUUUUUUUAUUACAAAAAAAAAUCAUUUUCGCUCGUCUUUAAUGAACAGUACUCAAUGUAAUCAACUGGUGUAAAUUUAGUAUGUUGUCGCCGUAUGUCUUUAAUAGAGCCCAGUGUUACAAACACGUUACGAAGUCGGUCGAUAAUAAGCCAAUUUCUAGUUCUCGAAACCACACGCAUUUUCUUCUAAAGUUUGCAGUCAUAUUUCCUAUAAGUCGAAAGAAACGGUAUUGAUAAGGAAAACAAUAAAUGAUGCAAAGUAUGUAUUUCAAAUUUAUCGUCAAUCAUAAAUGAAAAAAUUGUGUAUAUAUAUACAUCUCCACCAUAAAAUUCUUUCACACAUCACCAUAAAAUUCUUUCACGUGAAAGACAUACAUAUAUAGAGAGAGCAUUACUAUAGUGUUAUACUUAUUGUAUAAAUCAUUUUUAAAAAACAAGGGUCAUUACUGUAUAACACAUUACAUAAGAAUAUAUGGAAAUUAAGACCCCAUGAAAAAAACUUGCUGGGUCACGGAAGAGAAAGAAGAUUGCUGGGCUUAAAGCAACUAAGCAAUAUACACUGGAGAAGCAUUAAAGUCUCUUACUGACCAUUCCACAAGUCAUGAGCCUUACUCACACCCUACAAUAGGGUGUUAUUCCCAUACGGCCAUUAAUUACACUAUAAAAUAAAUAAAUACCAUUGACAUUGUAGUCUAGGUCUCUGGAUAUACAUAUCAUGCAGUUAUUAUUCGCCUGAAAAAAGUCCCUACAUAUCAAAAAUCACUAAGGAAAUUUGGGAGUUUAUUAGAGAGAAAAAAACUACUAUGUGACUGGGUUGAUGCAGUGUGGUUUAAGUAUUUAACUCCAAGAUACUCAUUUAUCUUAUGGAUGGCAAUGAAGGGAAGACUAGCAACAGGAGAUAAGAUAAGAAUUUGGAAGAGUAAUACAAAUGAAACGUGUGUCCUGUGCAAUGAGCAUUGGAAACUCUUGAGCAUUUGUUCUUUGAAUGUAGUUAUUCUGCUCAGAUAUAGGAGGUACUAAUGAAGGGUAUCUUAAAGGAUCAAUACACGGUGAGAUGGGUAGCUAUAUUGAGGCUCUUGAGAGAUUCGACAAGAUGUAAGAUGCAAUUAUUCCUCAUCAAGUAUAUGCUUCAAGCAGCCGUCUACAUGAUAUGGAGAGAGCGUAAUAGAAGAAGACAUGGCGAGGCAAAUGCUCCAGCAGCGCUAUUGAUAAAACUUCUUGACAAAAAUACGAGGAACAAACUCACAUUGAUACGGAUGAAAGGAGAUAAUAAAUUUAGGAAAGGGAUGCAAUUCAGGUUUUACACAAGAUAGAAAUACUUUGAGUUUGGUUGAGUAAUCAUGGGGGAAGGGUUAGAGCUUAAGUACAUAGUUUUUUGGUAAAAGAAACACUAUAAUGUAAAAAAAAAUUUUCUUUUGAAUUAAAUUUAACAUUCAAUUCAAAAAAUAAAUCACUGAACAAAAUUAAAAUAAGUGUUUGCUGUAUUGUCAAGAAAAUCUGCUUGUUGCAUCAAACUUGAUUUCUUCUUCUAAAUUAUCUUGUUCACGUCCCUAAGUUUAUUCUUAUUUAAUUUUCUAGUUAUUAUUAAAAAUUUAUAAGGUAGUGUGUCAUGAAAUUCUUAAUAUUUUUAAUUAAUGAUUGUCUCGAAUUAGACAACAUAGUGUAGUUUUUUAAUAAGUAAUCAAAGUUUGACCACACUGCUAAUUGAAUUCAUUUUUUAUAAAUAUUUAUUUUGUUUUUACAUCUAUUUUGACUAUAUCAGGAUUUAAAACUUAUAUCUGCCUCAAUAACAUGCCAGGGAAUAGGCAUCUAGUGACUGUAUUGAAUGGUGAAGUCCCAAUAUUUUAAAAGCUCCGUAAAUGUAAACACAAUUCAUGGUCAACUACAAGUACAAAAACAAGAACUUUUUAUUAUAGUGAAAUAGCUGUUUUAGAUAAUAAAAAGAAUAAUUACAGCAAACAGAAGCAUCCUGUCCUAAUAAUACCUAAACGAAGUAAAAUAAAAAGUUGUAACAAAAAGAGAGGAAACAUAUUAAAGACAACAAAAACGGCGUCGUUGGAGGGGAAUAUACCGAAACAGAAAAUGGAAUAUGUCAUUGGAGUUGCUUAUAAAAGCUCGUUUCAAAACGCUUACAAUUUGUCCUUGUUAUCAAUAGCUUUAACGCUCAUUUCACUUCCUCUGCCUCUCUCUCUCUCUCUCUCUCUACAUUUCCCCCCAGAAAUUAAUGAUCAUUUCUCUCUGCACUCUUCUGACAUAUACCUUAAACACUUGAUCAGAUUAGUUCUAACACACGUAAAAAGAAGAUUGUUGUAUAUUCAUAGGUGAACAAGAAUGGCAGGGGAUCAGUUAAAAGUGUUGAAUGCACUCGAUGUAGCGAAGACGCAAUGGUACCAUUUUACAGCCAUCAUAAUCGCCGGAAUGGGAUUCUUCACCGACGCUUACGAUCUCUUCUGCAUCUCUCUUGUCACCAAGCUCCUUGGCCGCAUUUACUACCACGUCCCAGGCUCCGCAAAGCCCGGGACUCUCCCUCCCAAUGUUGCUGCUGCCGUCAACGGCGUUGCCUUCUGUGGAACCCUAGCCGGUCAGCUCUUUUUCGGGUGGCUUGGUGAUAAGCUCGGGAGGAAGAAAGUAUAUGGAAUGACGUUGAUGGUCAUGGUCCUUUGCUCUGUCGCCUCUGGUCUCUCUUUCGGACACGAGCCAAAAGCCGUGAUGGCCACGCUAUGUUUCUUUAGGUUUUGGCUAGGGUUUGGGAUUGGUGGUGACUAUCCUUUGUCCGCAACAAUCAUGUCUGAAUACGCUAACAAAAAAACUCGUGGCGCGUUUGUUUCUGCCGUUUUCGCUAUGCAAGGGUUUGGGAUCAUGGCUGGUGGCAUCUUUGCUAUAAUUAUCUCCUCUGCUUUUGAAGCUAAGUUCCCUGCCCCGGCCUAUGCGGAAGAUGCCUUGAGAUCCACGAUUCCUCAAGCAGAUUUAGUAUGGCGUAUAAUCUUGAUGGUUGGUGCUAUCCCUGCGGCCAUGACGUAUUACUCAAGGUCCAAGAUGCCUGAAACCGCAAGAUACACAGCUUUGGUUGCUAAGGACGCAAAGCUGGCUGCUUCAGACAUGUCUAGGGUUCUGCAAGUGGAGAUAGAGGCAGAACAGGAGAAAGUGGAAGAGAUCUCAAGUAAUAAGUCCAAAGCCUUUUCCUUGUUUUCCAAGGAAUUUAUGAAACGCCAUGGGCUUCAUUUGCUAGGUACUACAUCCACCUGGUUCCUUCUCGACAUCGCUUUCUACAGUCAAAACCUUUUCCAGAAGGAUAUUUUCAGCGCAAUAGGGUGGAUACCUCCGGCUCAAACCAUGAACGCGAUUCAAGAAGUUUUCAAGAUUGCACGCGCGCAAACUCUCAUUGCCUUGUGUAGCACGGUACCUGGUUACUGGUUCACAGUUGCUUUUAUAGACGUCAUUGGAAGGUUUGCGAUUCAGAUGAUGGGAUUCUUCUUCAUGACGGUGUUUAUGUUUGCUUUGGCUAUUCCGUACAACCACUGGACUCACAAGGAGAACCGAAUUGGAUUCGUUAUCAUGUACUCUUUGACGUUCUUUUUUGCUAACUUUGGACCCAAUGCUACAACCUUCGUUGUACCGGCGGAGAUCUUCCCAGCCAGGUUCAGAUCUACCUGCCAUGGUAUCUCUGCUGCAUCAGGAAAGUUAGGUGCCAUGGUUGGUGCCUUUGGAUUCUUGUACUUGGCUCAAAGCCCUGACAAGAACAAGACAGACGCAGGAUAUCCUCCAGGGAUUGGAGUCAGAAACUCGCUUCUCGUGUUAGGUGUUGUUAACUUCUUGGGCAUCCUCUUCACUUUCUUGGUGCCUGAAUCUAAAGGGAAGUCGCUCGAGGAAAUGUCCGGUGAAAAUGAAGACAAUGAGAACACAACAAGUGAUAGUAGAACGGUCCCCAUUGUGUAGUUUGAUUUAAUAAGUCUUUUUGUUUCUAUCAACUUAAGUUGUUCUUCGUUUGAUAUUUUGAUAUUUUGAUGUUUGAUAUUUUGAUGUUCUAACGCUAUUGAAAUCAAAAUGUUUGUGUAUCGAUUUUAAAAAGAAAUGUUCUUCUUCAUUGUUUUUUUAUUAAUGCAACAAGUGAGGUAGUUACUGAAA